ACUUCAAAGGGUCCUUUGUGCACUUCGGAGACCGCGAACAAGUGAUUUGCCUUUAAAUCACGCGUUAAUUUAUGGAACUAGUGCUUAAAGCAGCGCGGUACCGCACGGUAUUUAAUAGACGCUUCACGACUCACGAGCAUACGCUACAAUGGCGUCUUGGAAAAUAAGGAGAAGGUUGUUAAUUAUACUAAGUUCUUUCACAUGCAUUACUUUAAUACACUGCAGAAGUCUGCAACAGUUUUCUGGAACCGAAAAAACGAACGAUGAAGGUGGCGACGAUAUUUCAGAACAAUUUAUGUCCGACCACAAUUUUGUGCCCUUAGCUGAUUUUGACCAUCUUAGUUACGAUGCUGGAGUUUCAGUUCUUCUGAAGCAGCCUGGGAUGCCAUGUCUCCAAAUUUGAGGUGUGGCGACGAUCUUAUGAAGUUAAAACUCAGUGGUCCAGAAGUAGCAAAUGUUGAACUCUGUCGAGGUAAUGGGGUGCCUGUUCCUCUCACUCAGUUGCCACCUCACUGUGGACACACCACACUCACUUAUGGAGGUCUUGUUUAUGCUACUCCCUAUGAUGGAUGUGGUGUUGUGCAACAGGAAGGGUAUUAUGUGAUGCAGAUACAGUGGCAGGGAAACUCAGCAGACCUUUCUUGUCCUAUGACCUCUACCACUGCAGAUGAAACCUUCCUGGGACCUCAUCCUCCUGAAUAUCUGCACAUUCUGCUGCCUCCCUUUUCUCCUGAAACACCAAGUCCAGAAGCACCUGCAAUGCCACAAGCGUCUGAUACUGUAACAUUGAAACCAUCACCUCCUUGGUACCCUCAAGUAUAUCCGCAAGGGUUUUGGCCUUUCCCUCAUUAUCUUUAUCCUGGAAGGGUUUAUUCCAUAGCUAAGCAAACAGAGAAACCUGUUACAACUACCCUAGUUGCCAAAGCACCAACUGAAGAGCCUCAACCUCCCAAAUACCCCCAGAUGUCUUGGCCACACUACUACCACCCUGAUUACCUCUAUCAUGGCAGACCAAAGCCCGCUGAGAAACCUGUCACUAUCCUGGUUACCCUUAUGGUGACCCAAAACCCACUUUGA